GGCACAACGCGAAACCUGGUGACGAGAGCUUUUUGACACUCUGAGACCACCGUUACUCAGACAGAAAUAUGAAAUAUCAAAUUAUUUCGUUUUGGCUCGAAAUUAGCCACAAAGCGCACAACAUUCAAUCAAUUGAAAUGAAAAGCAAUGCAUUCGCUGCUUAAAACAGAUUCAACGAGAGAAGAUGCACUCUAAAACAAAUUAGAAUGCCUUUGAACAGGCAUUAUUAGUCGAUAAUUCAAUCUGCUCAAUUUAUCGGCGAUUGACCCGAAAACCUGUUCACUUCACGCACGCUGACCCACAUGGUUUACGUUAGCAAGCUAACAUUCCAUAGCAAGCGAACGCAGAAGCACUGUGUUCUGUUUCUCACGAGCUAGUUGACUAGCUUAGCUAGCUAACUGUAAAGCGUAACUAAUUACGCACAUGCACCAAAAUCGGGCUGAGCUUCUAUUUUAAACCACGAUUCGAGAAUGUCACAGCUACAAGCGAGAUUCUUCACGGAAAACAAAAAAUAUGCAAUAGACGAUGUCCCAUUCUCCAUCCCGGCUGCGUCCGAGGUGGAAGAUCUCAGCAAUGUCAUCAACAAACUGCUGCAAGCAAAGAAUGGGGCGCACCGUGCCGUGGACUUCGACUUCCUGGUCAGAGGACAGUUCCUCCGCACCUCACUGGUCAACCACAUGGAAUCGGAGGGGAUUUCGACAGAAGAGGUGGUGGAGAUGGAGUACGUGGAGAGGUUCAGCGCCCCGCAGCCAGAGGAGUGUGUGAUGCACGAUGACUGGAUCAGUGCGGUGGACGCAGACGCAGAGUGGAUCUUGACGGGCUCCUACGAUAAAACGGCACGGAUCUGGUCUCUCCAGGGAAAGCCAAUGAUGACGGUGGCAGGGCACACGGAUGUGGUCAAAGACGUGGCCUGGGUCAAGAGAGAUGGGCUCAGCUCUCUCCUGCUCACUGCGUCGGUGGAUCAGACGGCUCUGCUCUGGGAGUGGGACUCUGAAAAGAACACCCUGAAGGCUCGGCACUGUUGCCGUGGACACGCCGGGAGCGUGGAUACGGUCGCCGUGGACCCCACCCAGACCAAGUUCUGCAGUGGUUCUUGGGAUACGAUGCUUAAAAUAUGGUCUGCAGUUCCCACCGAGGAAGAGGAUGAGGUGGAAGAGCAGCCCAACAGGCCGAGGAAGAAGCAGAAAACUGAGCAGAUGGGCCUGACCCGGACGCCCCUCAUGACCCUGUCCGGACACUCCGAGGCCGUUUCAUCCCUGCUCUGGACCGACAACGAGGAAGUGUGCAGUGCAUCGUGGGAUCACACCAUGAGGCUGUGGGACGCAGAGACCGGGGCCGUGAAGUCCACGCUGACGGGCAGUAAGGUGUUCAACUGCGUGUCGUACUCUCGGCUGUGCCGACGCCUGGCUACAGGAAGCACUGACCGGCACGUCAGACUCUGGGAUCCCCGCUCGAAAGACGGGUCGCUGGUCCUGCUGUCGCUCACCUCGCACGUGGGCUGGGUGACGGCGGUGCGCUGGGCCCCGUCCCACGAGCACCAGCUGGUCUCCGGGUCGCUGGACUGCAUGGUGAAGCUGUGGGACACCAGGAGCUGCAAGGCUCCCCUGUAUGACCUGGCGGCCCAUGAAGACAAGGUGCUCUGUGUGGACUGGACGGAUAGUGAGCUGCUGUUGAGUGGAGGUGCAGACAACAAGCUGUACACCUACAGGUACUCAGGCUGUGUGUCUGACGCUGGAGCAUAGCCUACCCACUGCAGGACCAGAUCACCACAGCAACACGACAAUCGCCAUUACACCAUGCAACAUUAAACCUGCAAACCGCAACUUUCGGGUAUUCUGACAGUUGACAAACAUGUUUGUUGUGAAAUGAACUAGUUUUUAAAAUUCAUUUUGAAACACUUGGAGUGCAGUAUUUUUUGUGUGAUAGCUCUGUAUCCCCCCUGUGCCCUGCUAGCAUGGUGGAGUAAAAGAGGUUUCAGAAAAAAAUAAAUAUUGAUUUGCAGAGUUAUCAUGGGACUGAACAAAAGUGUCUCCCCUACAUUCUGUCAAGCAUAACUGCUUUUGAACUGUUUUUUGGGAUAAUUGCUGUAAAAUGUCCAUAAUUGUUGAUAAGUAGUUCUGUGGUUUGUACCGAGCUGAACUUAACCGUGUAUGAACCUGUUCUGCAUAUAAGAACAGGAUUUGCUUGAGGAAUUAAGCCAGUGUGAAUGUCAAUAGCUGUCAAGGAUUGAUGUAUGAUAGGAGUGGUUUGAUUUCAAAAGGAUCACUGAAGCUUGCAUAAAUUGGGCGUCUGCCCUUGUUCUUAAUUUCUGUUAGAUUUCACUUGAAUGAACUUACAGCCUUUUUCUGCUGUCAAGAAGCGUUUAUGGUUUGAUAUUUUAUGCAGCCUAUAAUAUAAUGGUUUCAGAAAUGAUGGUGCAGUUUAGGGUCUUACCAUUCGUAAAAUGCCAUUUGCAAGCUGAAUUAUGAAUUAGUAUUCAAUAUUUAUCCUUAGAAGCCGUUCUUGUUGGCCAGUCCCGACUCUUUCUGUUUUUAUUGAGACUGAAGUGGAGCACUGGACUGUUUAUUUCUGUUAUUGAUAUAAAUGAUGUGAACAGCUUGAGGUCACAAUAUGUAAUAGAAAUGGUCGACGAUUGCAUCCCUUAUUCCGACAUGUCCAACAAUCAGAAAACAUCCUUCACAACCACGCAACCUUUAUUCACUAUCAACCCAAAACGGGCAAGUUUUGUGAGGACGUUCAUCUGUUAAGUGUGUGUGUGUUGUACAUAAUUCAUUUUUAUUGUACUGUAGGUACUUUGUCUUACUGAUUAAAAGGUGUUGAACCUGC